UCAACUCCUCACCCCAAACAACACUUAGGACUAGCUCAUAUAGACAGACCAACAUGUCUCUGCUUGGCUUAAUGCAUUUUGCUAUUUUUACCGUCCUCUGUCUUUUAGUCUUAACAUGUGUGCCUUAUCAAGCAGAGGCUUCAACUCGUUUCUUCUUUGGAAGAAAACCACAUGUUGAUGUUUUCGCUUCAGAGGAUGGUAUAUGUGCCUCUUCUGUUCUUGUUCACGGAUACAAGUGCCAGGAACUUGAGGUUACAACUGAAGAUGGGUACAUUCUGAGCCUGCAGAGGAUUCCAGAAGGUCGAGCUCAAGUUAGUGGCGGUGGUAAGAAGCAGCGCCAGCCAGUGAUAUUACAGCAUGGAGUACUAGUGGAUGGCAUGACAUGGCUUCUGAACCCUCCAGAGCAGGACCUGCCAUUGAUUUUAGCAGACAAUGGCUUUGACGUGUGGAUUGCUAACACCAGAGGAACCAGAUACAGCCGCCGACACACCUCAUUGGACCCCUCUUCCCCGGCCUUUUGGAAUUGGUCUUUUGAUGAGUUGAUUUCCUAUGAUCUACCUGCUGUGUUUGAUUAUGUGUUCAGCAAAACAGGGCAAAAGAUUAAUUACGUUGGCCAUUCUCUGGGAACUUUGAUAGCUUUGGCCUCCUUCUCUGAAGGAAAAUUGGUUAACAAGCUGAAAUCAGCAGCUUUGUUGAGUCCUGUUGCCUAUUUGAGCCACAUGCACACCCAACUUGCAGUUGUUGCAGCUAAGUCCUUUGUUGGUGAGAUCACUACCCUAUUUGGUCCGGCAGAGUUUAAUCCCAAAGGAUUACCUGUUGGUGCCUUUCUCAAGUCUCUUUGUGUUUACCCUGGGAUAGACUGCAACGACUUGUUGACUGCAAUAACUGGUGCAAAUUGUUGCAUCAAUUCUUCAACUCUUGAUCUAUUCUUGUCAAAUGAGCCUCAAUCAACAUCUACUAAGAACAUGGUACACUUAGCUCAGAUUGUUAGACGUGGGGUUCUAGCGAAAUUCAAUUAUGUGAGACCAAGAUAUAAUGUUAUGCAUUAUGGAGAAAUAUACCCUCCAAUCUAUAACCUUUCCAACAUCCCCCAUGACCUUCCACUUUUCAUUAGCUAUGGGGGACAAGAUGCACUUUCAGAUGUUCGUGACGUUGAGACUUUACUUGAUAUACUUAAGCUUCAUGAUGUGGAUAAGUUAAGUGUACAAUUCAUCAAGGACUAUGCUCACGCUGACUUCAUCAUGGGGAUCAACGCUAAGGACAUAGUGUAUAAAAAUGUUAUUUCAUUUUUCAGUCAUCAAGUCAGCAAUUGAUCGAAAACUCAUUUUCAGACUACAUCUUCCAAAGAAGCUGUGAGAAAAAAAUGUCACAAAUUGGGCCAUCAAUGAGAUCAAUAUAAGUUAUGUAGUAAAGAGUAGCUCAUGUCCAAUUACAUAAGUAAUGAAGUUGAGUAAUCUUCCUAGAUCAAAAGAAUCACCGUUUUACAUCUGAAAAAUAAAUUACUCUCUUCAAGGAUUGAUCUCUA